CCUGGGAUGGCAGCUGGAGGUUGCUGUCGAGUGCCGAACGUAGUAGAUAGAUUAUGGGCUUUUAUGGGUAUGAUGCGAUUGAAAAGGCUGAGAUCACCAAUAGUAAAGUGUUUAAAUAUAUCUUCUCCAGAUUUUUCGAAGGAACGAAGAAUGACAGGAUAUUGUACUAGUUGUAUAAUUCAUCCUUGUAAGCAUGCACAGUUACAAACUUCCUGUUUUGGUGUCUUUUUAUCUGAAAAGUUUUCUACCUCAUGUCUUCAGUCACAAGUUCCAGUGGUCAACAAACCAGGAACUGAUUCUGAAGUUUUUCCAGAUCCUCAUAAGCUUGUAGCGACUGAUCUUGCUGAUAUGUAUUUAGAAAUUAAAAAGGAAUUGUGGGUACCAAAAAAAGAGCUAGAACAGAUAUCUAGCUAUUACUUUGAUGGACAGGGCAAAGUGUUUCGUCCAAUGCUUGUAUGUCUUGUGUCUCGUGCUCUUCAUUUUCAUAUUCAUCAUGAGAAAAGGUUAUUAGAUUCUCAACGAAAAAUUGCACUUGUAUCAGAAAUUAUUCACACUGCCAGUUUAGUUCAUGAUGAUGUGAUUGAUACAUCAGAUGCUAGAAGAGGGAAACCGAGUGUUAAUUUAAUUUGGGGACAGAAAAAGGCUAUAUUAGCUGGUGAUUUUAUCCUAUCCAAAGCAGCAAGAAUUUUAGCAAAAAUAGGAAGUGAAGAAGUUAUAGUAAUGUUAUCAGAAGUAUUGUUAGAUCUUGUUCAAGGAGAGUUCAUGCAGAUGGGUUCCAAAGAAAAUGAAAGUGAACGAUUCUCUCACUAUUUACAAAAGACAUUCAAGAAAACAGCUAGUUUAAUGGCUUACACAUGUAAAGCUGUUGCUUACUUAGCAGGGGCAGAUGAAAAACUCCAAGAAGCAGCUUUUCAAUAUGGCCGAAACGUGGGUAUUGCUUUUCAGUUAAUUGAUGACUUGCUAGAUUUUGUAUCCAGUCAAGCAGAAAUGGGAAAACCAGCUACAGCAGACCUGCGUUUAGGCUUAGCUACAGCACCUGUUCUGUUUGCAUGUGAAAAGUUUCCAGAACUAAACUUCCUAAUUAUGAGAAGAUUUUCUGAACCUAAUGAUGUGGAGAGAGCGUAUGAAGCUGUUAUGAAGAGUGAGGGGUUGGAACACACAAGGAUGCUGGCACAAAAGCAUUGCACAGAAGCUGUACGUCAUAUAGCAUUAUGGUCAGACUGUCUAGAGAAAAAGGCUUUAGUGACACUCGCCAAUAAAGUGCUGAACCGAAAAAAAUGAUAGCCCUUAGCAACACUAAAUAGAAUUGAGACAGGAAAGUUUACGUCUUUUAUGACUGCAAAGAAAGAAGACCAGUUCUAAAUGUAUCAGGAAUGUAGUUUUUCUGUACCGAUUGGUGCUUUAGUUUGGUAAAUAAGUUAAACUGUAGGUAAAUUAGUAUAAUUCGUUUUUAUAUGGUAGUUUUUGAUUUUGUGAUUUUUCUGAAGCAAGAACAGUAGUGACAUUUAUAAUAUGCUUUUAAAAAUGUUAAGUGUGACAGAAAAAAAAUAUCGUAAUAGUUAACCUCUAUGUUUAAA